GCCACUAUACCGCUCACGAGUAGUGCCUCUGUCGUGUUCGCCUCGAUCAUGACGGCGAGACUCAUGGCGCUCUCUUUCCCGGUGAGCGUCUCUGUCACUGUGUCUGCCAUAUUCGCGUUCUCGACCACGUUCGCGGUCAGGAUCGCCGUAUCUCGAGGAACGGUGCCUCUCCGAGUAUCGAACAUCUGUGAAAAAAAUGAAGCAAAGCGUGUGGUAAGCACAUGACGAAGGUGUUCAAGCUGGAUCUGUCAGUAGGAUGCGGGGCUAUUUCGAUGGCGUGACGGCGACAACGACACAGAUGCAGAUGCAGAUAAUGCGGCUAGCUAGCUAUAAAAGAGGGAAGAAAGACAUGGUGCGGUAGGAAAGCACCAUGAGCUCGUUGUUCUCUAACCAGAAAGAAGGCAAGAGGAUGCAUCGUGAAGACAGUCACCUCCAUGGUCAUUCAGUCUCAUCCCUGCCUCCAAACAGGGUAAAAAGGACGAAUGACAAGAAAGAAUGUGUUCUCACCUUCGUCGGCCAUAUUUUCUAUCUUUUCCUUGGCUUCAAAAGCAGAUGAGCAGGAAUGUGGGAUGAGGGGAAGCGGAGAAAGUCAGGACCUUGACUGAGCCACAUAACUAUCUGGUUUCCCACGCUUUACCCACAAUCAAUUCUACUGGUUUCCCGCGAUUACAAACGCGGCUGUCACAGUGUGACAGGCGCGACGGCAGCCUCGACCGUGACGCAAGGCCUGCAGAGACAUUGGAUUGUUUGCGAGGCCACCCGAAGACCACUCACCAAUUUUGAGACCUGCUCAAAUGACUUAGACCCAUCUUGCUACCUCCAACUCAUGUUUUACGAUAUGCUGAAUUUUAUGACAGAACGCUUUCUUACCAUCUUGACGCCAGACAAUGGCGAGCCAGGUUUACCUCCAGGGUUACCUCCAACUAGUAAGAAGAUCUGACUACUUGAGCAUCAGCGAGCUAACCUGUUUUGAAGGAUCGUAUGAGGGUCCUUGGUUCCAGACACAGCUCAUCAUCUCCUUCGCUGUGGGAGUGACAUCUUUCCUCAUUUUCUCGUACUGUCGCACUAGGUGGCCUUUACUAUUCGCACCUAGAACAAAACUCAAAGGCACGUUCCUGACACAACGAGGGACACAGUAUGACUUAUUUUAUCCCUCAGCUUUCUCUCCGCAUGAAGCCCAUGUACAUCAGGCGUUCUUUGGAUGGGUUAUCCCCACUAUACGGAUAUCAGAGUUCACUGUGCUCCAGAUAGUAGGCCUGGAUGCAGCCGUGCUUCUCAACUUCUACAAGAUGGCGUUCACUCUAUUCUCAGUAUGCUCGCUAUUUGCUGCAGCGAUCUUGAUGCCCGUAAACUUGAGGAACAACAUCGACAUUGGCGACGGAAGCGAUGACACUGAUAGCGACUGGCCGUCUGUAUCGCCUGAAUCCCCUGAGCAGCCUCAGCCACCUCCUAGAGACUGGCUCGACCUCAUCAGCGAUGCCAACUCUUACCUCUCUGUUCACUUAGUCUUCACCUACCUCUUCACCAUCCUCACUCUCUACUACAUCAACCGCAACUACAGACGAUUCAUCCGUGCUCGCCAACUCUUCUCACUCGAACUCGUACACUCCAUUCCCGCUCGUACCGUCAUGGUAACCCAACUACCCCCUCAUUUGCGAAGUGAGAAAGCAUUAGCGGAGUACUUCGAGAGUAUGGACAUGAGCGUGGAGAGUGUGAAUGUUUGUCGCCAAGUGGGCUCUCUGGACAAACUUCUUAAGAGACGCACGGAGGCUCUAAUCAAGCUCGAAGCCACGUGGGUGAAGUAUCUGGGCAACCCAGCAGACGUCGAAUCCAACGGUUCUAUCAACCGUGAGACGAGCCCGUUGGUGGAUUUAGAUGUACCCGAUAUGGAAGAUCAGAGGAAACGGUUGGUCGUUCCUCACCGUCCCAGGCCCACUAUCCGACCGAACUGGUUGGGACCAAAGGUCGAUGCUCUAGAAUACCUGGAAGAAGAAUUUAAGAAGGCAGACGAAGCUGUACAAAAAAGAAGACGCCUAGGCAAAUUCAAACCAACCCAAACGGCAUUCGUGACGUUUGAGAAAAUGUCCAGUGCACAAAUCGCUGUUCAGACGGCGCAUGCAUCUGCUCCAGAACAGUGCAUCACAUAUGCUGCCCCUGAAGCUCGAGAUAUUGUCUGGUCAUCUAUGGGUUAUUCGCUUCAACAUAAACGUGUCAGAGAGGUGUUCGUUCUCUGCGCCAUGUUGUUGCUCCUAUUCUUCUGGGUCUUCCCCGUCUCCGCACUCGCCAGUUUGCUGAGUUACAAGGAGAUUAAGAAGACAAUGCCUUGGCUAGGGAGAUUGAUAGACUCGAACCCAAAGAUCCAGGCAAUCGUUCAGAACUCGUUACCUUCCGUUGGUAUCAUUACGCUGAACGCUAUCCUGCCAUUCUUCUUGGAAGCUUUAACGUACACCGAAGGAUACCCAGCUCGUAGCUGGAUUGAAUAUUCCUUGCUCAAGAAAUACUUCCUCUUCCUGUUGACGAGCGUUGUCUUCGUCUUCCUGUUGGCCAGUACAUACUGGCAACUUGUCCGUGACUUGGCCAAUACGCCAGCGAAGAUUCCCGAGAAAUUGGCCGCGGCUUUGCAACAAGGUCGAGCACGACACUUCUUCCUGUCAUACGUGAUCCUGCAAGGUAUUGGUAUCAUGCCGUUGCAACUUCUAAAUCUAGGCGUCCUAGUUCCAAGGAUGUUCUACCGUAUUUUCAUCACACGGACUCCCAGGGAUUACGCAGAACUAAAUGCCCCUCCAAUGAUCAACUAUGGCGUGGUCUAUCCGCAGGCAAUCCUCAUCUUCGUCAUUACCCUGCUAUAUAGCGUGAUCCAGCCUCUCAUUGUGGUAUUCGGUGCUGUCUACUUCGGGGUCGGCUACGUUGUAUACAAGUAUAAGCUUCUCUUCGUCUUCUACAAACCGUAUGAGUCCCAAGGUCAAGCCUGGCCUAUAACCUUCAUCCGCGUCAUAUGGGGCGUCGUGAUCUUCCAAGUCUUCAUGACCGGAAUCUUCAUCCUUCGGAAAUCAUUCAUUCUGUCUUCCCUUCUUACACCGCUUAUCUUUGCUACCAUGAUCUGGUCCUGGUAUACGUACAAGAAAUUCAAGCCGCUGAGCAAGUAUGUCAGUUUGAGCUCCGUCUCUGAAGUGCAAAGAGGGGAGGAUAGCGCGGAAGUUGUCCGACUACGUUCGGGUCAUCCGGUGACAUGGUCGCAAAGUUACUUGAACCGACGGCGAUACGCGCAAAAUGAUGAGACGUUAUAUGUAGCACCAGAGGAUGAACGUACAGACUAUUCGCAACCUCCCAUGGCCAACUGGUACAGUGGCGUCCUAAAUACCGGGAAGAGACGCUAUGGACAUCCUGCAUUGACUGGUGUUCUACCUCAACCUUGGCUUCCCCUCAAGAAGGGGCAGAGCAUGACCAACGGUCGUCUUGGUGACGAGGAGGGCGGGGCGCAAGACACGAAGCCUGUCGUACUAACUCUCAGGAAACGAUACUCCAUAGCGAGACAACCACCAACCACACGCACCGAGAAUGACCUUGCCAGUGUAGGCGUAAACGGUAACCCUUGGGAAGACAAUGCACCAGGACCUUCAACCCGUCCCAUCGCUCAUGCAAUCAACCACCGUCUUAGUUUCGACGCUGCUUCUGGUGUCAUCAUGCUGCCUGAUAGCGGAGAUUGGCUUGAGGGUGAUUCCAGUGAUUCCGAGGAAGAUUACGGUGCUCAAUCACCCGUUCCCGAUGCUAGCUCGCAAGAUGCGGCUUUACAAGAGGCAUGGGCGGGAGAGUCGUCGACUUCUGUAUCUCAAUCGCCCAACAAGCGAUACACGACAUAUUUUCAUCACCCGGAGCGUCGAAAACGUACUUGAAGGAGCUGUUCAAUGCGUUGUACUCAAUACCCACUUCUUACAGUUAUACCAGGACCCUGUAGUUACUUGGAUAUAAUACGGUUUGUGUCAUUGGAAUUAUAACACUAUAUGAAGGCUUGUGUGUUGCUGUAUCUUGUGUGCGGAUGCUGACAGUAGUUACAGUCAGAAGUGCGAUGAGGUUUCCGGCGCACAGAUAGGAGUACGGCGACAAAGGCCCACUGGACUUGAAUCUGAACCUUAAUUCGACAA